UCCCUUUCCUCGAAGAUGCCCCGCUGUGCUUGCUCAACCCGGCGGUGCCCGAGCGCUUCCGCCGCGCUCCGGUCCCCUCGCCCCCGCUGGGCGGCCCCGGGGCGAGCCCGCAGUCCCGCCUCUGCCCUGCCCUGCUCCAUAUAUGCCGCCGGCGGCCGCCCUCCGCAGCUCGCUCUCCGCGCCAGGAUGAUGCUGCUCAGCGCCCCGCGCCAGGCGCUGCUGCUCAGCGCGCUGCUCUGGCGCCUGGCCGCCGCCGAUGAUGAAAAACCACCAACAGCAGUCAAUAUAACUUGGUCUUCAAUCAAUUUUAAAACUAUACUACAGUGGCAACCAAAACCAUCAGGCUACUUCUAUACUGUAGAAAUACACGGACGGACAUCUGACGUAAAGAGAAAAUGCAUACUGACAUCAGAAACAGAGUGUGAUGUUACUGAUGUGCUCGAGAAUGUAAAGGAGACCUAUACAGCACACAUACUGUCUGUAAAUCCUGCAGUGAUAGACAACUUUGAAGAACCACCUUUUGCAGUCUCUGAAAAAUUUACACCUUAUAGUCAGACUGUUAUUGGAAAACCAGAGAUAAAGGAUUAUUCACAAAAAGGUUCCAAACUGAAUGUCGUGAUCGAAGCUCCACUUACACCAUAUACAUUUCCUAAUCGAAGCUUUCGAAGUAUUCAAGAUAUUUUCCAGCAUGACCUGGAAUACAAACUCUAUUACUGGAAAGAUCAAAGUUCUGGAAAGAAAGAUGUAACUACAAAAAGCCAUAAUUUUGAAGUAAACAUUGACAGUGGAAAGAACUAUUGCUUCUAUGUCCAGGGAAUCAUUCCCUCCCGCAGAGAAAACCGUAAUGGCCAAGAAAGCAUGGUGCUCUGUACCAGUGGAGGAAAGAAUAUCUUAGAUGAAUAUGGAACAGAAGUCUUUAUCAUCCUAGCAGUGAUAGCAGUUGCAGUCAUCACUCUUGCCAUUGUCCUUCCAGUGGUUCUGUGUAAACGCAAGAAAGCAAAGAAAGCAAGAGCUAUGAGAGAAAAGGAGCUGCUUAAUGGUGCCUAAGGAAAAAGUACUGCAGACACUACUGGCAGUACCAAAGCAGAAAAAUACCCAACAACAAAAAACCUAAAAUGGGUAAUUGGGUAGAGCCUUUCAGGCUCUCUGAAACAGGAAUUCUGAAGCCCAAACUUUAUGUGGAUUAAAAAAUCCACUAGACAGUACAGAUGAAACCAGGUAUCAGGAAGCUCUGUGUCAUUAGUGGCCAGAGGCUGCAAGAGCAUCCUGGUGAUCUGUUACAAUCAUAGAAUUAUAGAACGCGCUGAGUUGGAAGGGAUGCACAAGAUCAAGUCCAACUCCUGGCCCAGCACAGCACCAUCCCCAAGAGUGCCUGAGAGUGUUAUCCAACAGCUUCUUGACCUCUGCCAGGCUGGUGAAGUGACCACUGCCCUGGGGAGCCUGUUCCAGUGCCCAAACACCCUCUGGGGGAAGAACCUUUUCCUGAUAUCCAACCUAAACCUUCCCUGAUUCAGCUUUGUGUUGUUUUUUGAGUCCUGUCACUGGUCACAAGUGAAGAGGUUAGCACCUGCCCCUCUGCUCCCUUUGGUGAUAUUGAAGACCAAAAUGUCGCCCCUCAGUCUCCUUUUCUUCAGGCUGAACAGACCAAGUGGCCUCAGGCACUCCUCACACAGCUUCCCUUCCAGACCCUUCACCAUCCUUGUUCCCCUCCUUUGGACCCUCUCCAACAGCUCAGUGUCAGUUUUAUAUUGUGGCACCCAAAACUGGCCCAGCCCUGGAGGUGAGGCCGCCCCGGUGCAGAGCAGAGCGGGACCAUCCCCUCCCUCGCCCGGCUGGCGAUGCUGGGCCUGGUGCCCCCAGGACAGGGAUGUCCCUCCUGGCUGCCAGGGCUGUCUCACCUUCACCUUUCCCUUGACCAGGAGCCCAGGUCCCUUUCUGCAGCACUGCUCUCCAGCCUCUCAUUCCCCAGUCUGUCUGUACAUCCAGGGUUGGCCCAUCCCAGGUGCCGAACCCUGCACUUUCCCUUGUGCAACUCCCUAGAGCUGGUGAUUGCCUGUCUCUAAAUUGUCACGGUCCCUUUGCAGGGAGAUUUCUCCUAGACUGUUCCCAAGCCCCUUCUAUUAUCCUGUCAAACAGGAUUCUCAGCUAGAGGUACUUCUAACUUGAUCAGUAUGGCCUUAUUGAGCCAGAAGAUUUAUGGUACUUGUGAGGGGAAAAAACACUACUUUUGAAAAAUAGGUGUCCUUUACCUAACUAAAAGGAACAUUUUUCUGUUUCUAUGAAACAAACUCUGUAUUUAUCUGCCUUUUAACAAUAUUAACUGGUGAAAUGAUCUGUUAGUUCAGAUGUGACAAAAUUGCUACUAUUAUUUCUGCACUUCUUGGAUAAAAUUAACUUGGUCUGUUUAUCUUUUGAUGUAGACAAAGGUAAACAAACUGAAACUACUGCACUGGCAACUUGUAAGAAACACUAUUGAAGCAGUACUUGCUAUUAUCUGGAAAGUAUAUCCAAUUACACUACACCUAGAGUUAUACAGACGGGAGUCUGAUAUUUCCAAGUAAAUGCCAGAACAAAUACUUUGCAGGCUUUGAGUCAGUAGUAACUCACUUCAGCAAGCACUGAAUAGGUAGCAGUGUUUACUGCACUUUGAACAUAAUUUUUAACUAAGCAGUUGAUGAAUGGUUUCUGUGGUAUAGGUUCAAAUCAUCUUGGUGAUGGGAUUUGGAGAUACCUGUUGCUUUGACUUUUAGUAUUUAUUUUAUAGAUGAGAAUCUAAUUUUUAUACUGGUGUUAUCUGUAUUUAUGAUGGUAAUUUAUACUUUUCUAGUGAAAUAAAGGUGACUGGAAACAUAA